CACACCCGCCAAUUUCAGUUUCGACUCGACUUUAUACGCCGUGGACAUAUUAUAAGUUUUCGCAAGUUUAUUAACCAGUGUAGAAGUGAAGUGAAUAAGAAAUGUUUAAUCAUGCAACAUCCUCCUACAGAGCAGAUAAUUACAGCAAAAGUUACAAAAACCACCAAAAUUAAAACCAAAGGAAGUGAUGUGGGGCGGGGUGCGCAGUGCGUGCACGCCUCGCUCCCGCGCGGCGCCCGCGCGACUCCUGCGCCGACACUCAGCGGAGCCAUCGCCAGCCGCCGCCCGCCCAGGCCAACACCCCCAUCUCCAACAUUAGUGGCUCAGAUUGACUCAUCGGUCGCUUGUCUCUGGCUCCUGACUCCGUUGUCCGCUGGCACCGCGGUGGUCGCAGUCCUCGUCGCGGUCUCCACCAACAACUGGCUCCACACUGAAGAGAACAUGCUGAACCCAGCUUACAACGGCACGGGAAAGUACGGGCUGGUCGCGAAGCAAACUGUCUCUGGAUUAUGGAGGAUAUGUCAUACGGAUCCUGGCGGCACGGUGUUCCGAUGUGUGGACAUCCCCUAUUUCCCCUUGUCACAGUAUGCGCCUGAUCCCAGCGACUCGACGAACGCAAUACCAUAUGUGGUGACGCGAUCUGCAGCUCCGCUCCUGCUCGCUGUAUUCACGCAGGCAGUUGGCGCGCUUUGCUGCGUUCUUGGACAUUGUGUGAAAGGGCGUCGUCUCUGCACCUUCAUAGCUGGAGUCAUGUUUAUUAUAUCUGGUCUGAUCAUGUUGACCGGGAUAGUCAUGUACAUAUCGGUAUUUAAAUCGCAAGUCGGCCAUAAGCUACGCUACAUGACUUACUUCGACAUGCCCAGGAUGUCGUACAGCUAUGGCUACUCCUUCGGUCUGUACAUCAGCGGGUUCAUAGCUGCAGAGCUGGCUGGGACCUCGGCGAUAUUCCUCUUCCUCCAGUGGUAUCAAAAGGACUGGGUCACGGAGCUAACAGAGAAAGCGAAGGCAGACUGCCGAGCAUGGGACAGGGAGUACGCGUUCUCAGAGUUUCGAGAACGUGAUUCGACGUUACUAGAGAGACGAAUGAUGAAGAGGGACACGUACCCGCCCACAGGCUCGUCGACCGCGACGCCCCAUGAGCGGCGCCGCUUCGUUUUUGACGGCGAUGAGCUCCCACAUUGUUCCAUACAUAAGAAUAGAAGAAUAAACUUAAGUUCAGCAUCAUUAAAAGACCUGUCUUCGUCAACGUUGUACGGGUUCCCUGCGGCACCGAGGCCCACGGCCUGCGACAACUACUUCGAGGAGUUCAAAGAGGUGCCUCAAAGUGCGAACACUCUCAGCGGACUUAGGAGCGCUUCGAUAUUCCAAUCGCAAGCGUCGGUGGCGAGCGGGAGGUUGUUGGACACGUCGGCGGUGGAGCCACCGCCGUCGCGGGAGGAGGAGCUGGUGACCUUCGGUGCCGGAGCUAGGGGAGGAGGGCACGAUGACCACCACCCCACGCGCCACGACCGCGGCGUCGGCACAGACCCAUACCGUAGAACGACACCCGUUUGAUCCAACGUUCCCAACCAUACCAUAAAGCAUAUCGAGAAGUGAUAAGUAUGAUUGUAAUUCGUGUGUUAUCCAAUAUAUCGGAUGUAGCGGUACGGACGGUCAAGUGUCUUUCGAAUUUACGAACUUAACAUGUG